GGCUCGCAGUCCUGUCGCUCAAGUUCAGUUCCUACUUCCGCUCCAUUCCUCCCUUUCCUGUAAGGCGCGAGCGUGGCGAGGCGAGGGCUGCGGCCGCGAGAUCUCUGGUUUUCAUCGCGUAGACACCUCUGCUGUAAAGAUGGUCAAUGUACCUAAAACUCGAAGGACUUUCUGUAAAAAGUGUGGCAAGCACCAGCCUCACAAAGUGACCCAGUAUAAGAAGGGCAAGGAUUCCCUUUACGCCCAAGGAAAGAGGCGCUAUGAUCGGAAGCAGAGUGGCUAUGGUGGGCAGACAAAGCCAAUUUUCCGCAAGAAGGCUAAAACCACGAAGAAGAUUGUGCUAAGACUUGAAUGCGUUGAACCAAACUGCAGGUCCAAGAGGAUGCUGGCCAUCAAGAGAUGCAAGCAUUUUGAACUGGGAGGAGACAAGAAGAGAAAGGGCCAAGUGAUCCAGUUUUAAACUUUUUGAUUUUUUUUUCCCCAUUUAAUUUUGAUGCGAAAAUACUGAAACUAGAAAAAUUACCUGUAGGGAAAUAAAUGACAAUUAUAUAAUCAUACCUAAA